AUAGAAUUUAAGGUGGCGCUUGAGAAGUUGCUGAUUGUGAGAAAGCGCUUGGUUUGGUUUUACGUUGAAGGUUGAGCGGACGUGCUUCGUGUUUCUUCUCCCGCACUCAACUCGCGCGUUUUUAUUGAUUUAUACUAAGGAAAUUGCUGAGAUUGUACGAAACAAUCAAUGACUCAGAAAAACCAUCAAACUGGAGAAAAUCCAAAAACGGGCCCUUCACUUCAUACACGGCAAACACCUUCCGCCGUUCCAAUAAUACCUGAUGCAGACCAAGGGAAUCGAUUCGCAGUGAAGACAAUCUACAGCUUUAGUGAACCCGUGAGCGUUGUCGAGAUCCACCGAUUUUCACAAAGUCACCCUUCAUGAAUCUUCAACUUCACCAAAAUAUUGUAAAUAAUGAUGCCUUUCAUGAAAAGUACGGAUCAAGCAGGAGCGCCAAUUCAAAACUACGUCGGUCAUUUGAAUUUCAAAUUGGAAUUGCACCGAUUUUUCACCUUUCCCGUGGAUUUCAAUACAAGAUUCCCUGUGAAUCCAGCGGAUUUGGCAGCGGCAGGAUUUUAUUGCUCUGAUUCGAGCGAGAUGACUCGGCUGCAGUGCCAUUUUUGCCCAAUUGACAUCAACGUAGAGGAAAUCCAAAGCAAGGACAUAUUGAAGAGUUUAAUAAGGCACAACUGCUGCGUGAAUUCUGCCGAUUCGGAAAACAUCCCUCUCAAUGACAAACAACUCGACUUUAAGUUCGAGGCGCAUCGGCUGUACUCUUUGCUGAAAAAGGACGACUGGAAAUUUGUAACACCAGCAGAAUUGGCCAAAGACGGAUUCUACUAUACCGGGGAGGAAGACAAUUGUCGCUGCAAGUUCUGCAACCUAGAGGUCCGCGGUUGGGAGGAAGGGGACCUGGUUCGGUCCGAGCACCAACGCUGGAACUCAGGUUGCCAAUUCUUGCAAAACCCAAGCAGCGUCCAGAACAUCCCGAUUGGCCAAGAACUGGACCAACGUGAGUCCUUGGAGUCCUGUUCAAGGACAUUGGAUUCAGUGACCUCCGGGGAAUCACGUGAGCAAGCGUCACACAAGGGUUUUAUAAGCAAGAUCAGUGGCACCACCUUUCCCUUCACGUCAGUCAAGGAUUUACUCAAAAAGUAUGGUCCCAACGCGACCCUGAGGGACCCAAAGGUGUCACCUCUGAGUUUAAACAUCCAAGGGUGGUCAAAGUCGAGUCACCUUCGCUACAGCACGGUUGCUGGCCGGCUGAAGACGUUCCGCAACUGGCCAAAGAGUUUGAACCAAAAGCCGGAAAGCUUAGCCCUGGCAGGGUUUUUCUACACGGGCAGGGGCGACAGGGUCAUCUGCUUCCACUGCAACCUGGGGCUGAAGGACUGGGCGUGUCAGGACGACCCUUUGGAACAACACGAGCGCUGGAACGCGGCCUGCCAGUAUCUGAUCAUGGCCAGGGAGAAAAAAAUAGACGCGGAGAAUCGGAGGGGAAGCGUCCUGUGCGUCAAGUGCGAGGAGGAGAGCGUCUCCAGGGUCAACCUGCCGUGCGGCCACGCACACCUUUGCGCCACGUGCUCGGACGACGAUUGUUGCGCCACGUGCGGCAACAAUGUGUACGGCCACGUUAACUUCUUCUUAUAAUUCAGAAAUUUCGCUAAUACAUUUAGCAAAAAUUUUAUAAAUUUAAUUUCCAUCAAAAAAUCAUCAGCUGGUUCGCUAUAAUUGGAUAAUUAUAGCGAACCAGCAUACAUUUUUAUGAGGAAAAAUCUAAUUUUGUCAUAAUUAUAUAACAAGGCAUAAAAUGCGUUUUUUUGGUAGAAUUUCACUAUCAAGGGUAGAUUCCUGGUGAUUUAAAUUUUAAGUCGGCUUUCCCUCGAUGGGUUUUGUGAGUUGUUUAUUGUUUCAGAAAAACAAUAUCCUGCUGAUGUUUGGUUGCGGGCUGCAGCCAUAACUCAUGUUUACAAAACUACAAAAACAAUUACAAUUGUUUUUGUAGUUUUUGACUUUGGUGGGAUACCAUACAGCCAGAUCUAUUUUCGUCAACUAAAUUUUAAUUAAAAAUUUAUGAAGACGGCUUUAUAGGGAUAAGCGUGGUAAAUUAGUUUACUCGGCGAAAAGAGUAAGCCAUAACAAUUAUACGCGGAAAAUGAUUUAAAGUUACACUUUUACACGAAGAACUUUUUACAAAAAAUUUUCAAAAUGUUUCACAGCUCAUGAAUUAUGGCUGCACCCCGCAGUCGAAACUUUUGUAGUAGGAUAUUUUUUUUCUUACACAAAACUGACCAAGGGAAAUUCGAUUUUAAAUUCAAAUCUCCAUAAUAUGCAAUGUUUAAAAUUUUAAGCUGAUAAUUGCAAAAGCAGCAUUCAACCUUUUCAUCUCUUUUUUAAAAGAGAUAAUAAAUUCUUUAAAAAUUUAUUUUGAUGUAUUGAAAACUAUGCUUUUUAUUAAUUAAUUAGAG